AUGUCGGUAGCUAUUACCUUGGUGACCUGCUCAUCGCCGGCCCACUGUUCUCCCCGCACACCUGCCGACACACCGUCCCCCAAGCAAAACUGCCGCAAGUGCUCUCAUCCACCUUUUGGGUUGGAGCUAUCUUGGAUUCUGCACCCUUUCAGGACAGAGGUUUUCAGUGAGACCAGCAAACAAUCCCCAGUGUUUCCAAACGGAUUCUGUCUUCAGCUCUCCACUGCUAGAAAUCCAAAGGUGAAGAAGUUCAAACUCAAAAAUGUUAAAGAUCAUUUGCCCAAGGUCACCUGGGCGGGAAGGAACUGGCCAAGGGGAAUCUCAUGGCUGGCUGCCACAGGAACCAGGAACAAUAGCUUUGAGAUUCUGUCUGCCCUCAAAUCAUAUUGGGGUCUUGAAGAAGUGACCUAUUUUACAAAUAAAACAAGGAAAAAUAGACUCUAUAAUGCACCAGGAGAUUCAAAGAUGAAUGAAAAAUUCCUGCCCUCAAGGAGUUUAGCUUCUGUUGGUGGCAACCAUGAAACAAAGCACGAAUUGAUCAUCGAGCGUCCCCGGUGGCCAGGGCAGAGACCUGCAGGUGUGUCCAGUGACCAUCCUUCCACGCCUGCAGUCCUCAUUGCCUCCACUGGCUCUUUGUGCAGCGAGUCACGUGACCCAGGCUGGGCCCUUUUUUGGCUUUAGUAACAACGGGCAAAGCGUGUCACCAGAGGCAGCCGUGCUGAGCAAGGCUUCAAAGGUGAAGGAAGGGGCAUUAGAGCAAGGUGCCACCUCCACGCAGGGGCGUAGCGCCAGACCAUCCGUUUCUAGAGGGACAGACAGCCAGUCUGCAGAAAUAGCCUGAGAUGCUAAAUUCAAUCCUAAGGAAAUCAGUGUCUUGUACACUACAAUAAAGCCAAUAUUCUUGUCCUGACAUCCAAGGCUCUUUACAAUCUAGCCCUAGAUUACGUCUUGACACAUUCUUAUUAGCCCAUCUUGGGCUCUGUGUCUGUCCAUUGUCACCUGCCUUUGAGGUCAUGUGUGUCCUUGAGGGUCUCAGCUCCAAGCCCACCCCCUGCAAUCCACCUCUCCUGACCAGUUUGGCUGGAGGAGACCUUUGCCCCUUCCUCCUGUGCCCUGGCCAGACACACUUCUGCAGCUUCCAGCCACGUUCAGCAAUGAAAGCCACAUCCUUAUACACAUUUCCAAAAUCCCCAAAGCUUCACAAACUCUUAAGAGUUUUGUUUUUGUUUUCAUGGGUUUAUUUUCCACUUUUAUUUUGGA